AGAGGAAAACAAGAGAAAAAACAAGGAGGAGAUCUGCCAGAAACAAUUUCACAAACAGCUCUCCUUCUCCUUCGCGAUCAGAUCGGACCCAUUUUUCCAUCUGUCGGUACGGAAUUCUAGGGUUUAUUCCUCCUCAUUCCGAUUCAAACCUCCUAAUUCAAAAUUUCAAAUCACCUUACCGUUAAACUUCAUGGUUGGUUACCUCGUUUGCUCUGAAUUGCCCCUUUUUUUUCCGAUUAUUUUGUGAUCUUGGUCUACAGGUGUAUUUUUUUGGAUUGAAGGCAAUUCAUGGUAAUUAGGGUUUCAUGUUAUCAUCCGUGCGAGUGAAAAUUGGGGCUUGAGUUUAUGAGAUUUGAGGUUUUGUGUGGAAUUUUCGGCUUCAAUGGCGUCAGCUCAGGUGCUGCCGACCUCGCGAAAACAAGAGCAUUUGGAAGCUGGAAAAAAGAAGCUGGAAGAGUUCCGCAAGAAAAAGGCAGCUGAGCGAGCCAAGAAAUAUGCUUCCACUAGCCAACGUUACACUUCUGAUGUUAGCAUAGUUCAGAAACAAUUUUUAGAGGCUGAACGUGUUACACACUCAGAUGGCGCAGAUACAUCUGAAGGUCCCAGAACUUUUGUUGAAGGCUUUGGUGUAGAUAUGAACAAUGGCAUCAAAGCACUUGGUCUUGACCAAAAAAGUGAACAAAGUUAUUUGAAAGAUACAGAUGAUAAUGUUUCUUUUAUGACUGAUCAUAGUUCAUCUUUGGUAGAAGUAGCACCAACACAUGCAAAUAAUCUAGAUUUUCAGAAAUUUGAUGCCUCUGAACCUACUGAAACAGUUGGUGUCCAAGAGAUAAAAGAUACGACUAAUGAUAUUGGAUAUUAUAAUGGAGCCCCAAAAGGACCACUUAAAUAUGGGAUUUUUAGCACUUACAGUCAAUCUACUGGGAUGGAGUCUUCUCAGUCGAAAGAAAAUAAAAGUUACAUGAAAGAUUCUGCUGCUAGCCUCUCUGGCUCUCCAUAUAGUAAUUUUACUACAAGUGUUUCAGCUUCGAAUUCUGGCAGUUUUCAAAUGCCUACGAAGCCCAGUUUUACUGGUUUGCUGGCAGUCGGCAGUACUUCGCCUUCUUAUUACGAAGACUCUAUUCAACCUACCUCCAGCUCUAGAGUGUCCAUGACAGAAGUUGUUGAAGAUGUGCAUGGUGCUGCAAAGUCAAACGAUCAUAUGGAUUCUGACUUGGACGAAAGAAAGCGUAGCAGCUUUGCUAGUGGUUCCUCCAGCAUGCAUGGUGCAAAUAUUCAGACAAGUGAUUCCACAGGCUUUGACUCAGAUGUCAGAGGCUCCCUUAAUCAUGAGCCACGACAUUCUACCUCAACUGAAGGGAAUUCUAGGAGAUCCCGCCCAUCAUUUCUUGAUUCUCUCAAUGUUCCUAGAGCUUCUGCAGGGACAAAUUUCCAAAAGGAAGAAUUUGAUAAGGACUCAUUUCUAACGAGUAAUUCAAAUGUUAUUGGUGUAGAUAAUUUCGGAGUAUCUGCCAACAGUAAGUUGUCAAAAGAAAGUGAAACUAUGGGACCUUUCUCUAAGCCGAAAUAUUCUAAUAUGGCCAGCGCUUUUGAGCAUGCCACCAAGUUUUCAGUACCUACUAGUAAUGGAGUUGACGUACUAAAGCCAAGUGUUAAUGAGAAGACCUUGGAGAAAAAUCAUGGGUUUUAUUCACCUAAACAAGAUGAAGAUUUUGCUGCUUUGGAGCAGCACAUUGAAGAUUUGACUCAUGAGAAAUUCUCAUUGCAACGAGCACUUGAAGCAUCAAGAGUUUUGGCAGAGUCCUUGGCAUCAGAAAACUCAUCCCUUACAGAUAGUUACAAUCAGCAGAGAAGUUUCGUCAACCUAUUAAAAUCCGACAUGGAAAAGUUACAGGAUGAAAUCAAGGUCAUAGUGGCAGAACUUGAGUCUGUGAAAAUGGAAUAUGCAAAUGCACAGCUAGAGUGCAAUGCUGCUGACGAACGUGCCAAGUUAUUGGCUUCUGAAGUGAUUGGUUUGGAAGAGAAGGCCCUCAAACUGAGGUCAAGUGAGCUAAAGCUGGCAAGGCAAUUGGAGAACUCAGAAGCUGAAAUUUCUUCAUACAAAAAAAAGAUGUCUAGUCAGGAGAAAGAGCGUCAAGAUUUACAGUCAACUAUUGAUGCUCUUCAAGAAGAGAAAAAACUAUUGCAAUCGAAGUUACGGAAAGCUUCUGGUGGAAAGUCUACUGAUGUUAGCAAGGGUUCUACUCAGAGAAAAGAUAUAGCCACUACUACAGAAGAUUUAGAAACUUCCAACCAGGAAACACAAGGUCCGUCUAAUGUUGGAAGUGAAGCUGAGGGUCUUCCCUUGUUACACGAACAUGGACUAUUAGAUCUUGAAGCUUCAUCUACGCAUAUUCCACCAGACCAAAUGAGGAUGAUUCAAAACAUCAAUGCAUUAAUAUCUGAGUUAGCGUUGGAGAAAGAAGAGUUGACACAAGCUCUGGCAUCUGAGUCAUCUCAGUGCUCCAAGCUGAAGGAUUUGAACAAGGAGUUGUCCCGAAAACUUGAAGCUCAAACUCAAAGACUAGAGCUUUUGACUGCUAAAAGUAUGGCCAAGGAGAAUAUUCCAGCAAGAUUGCCAGAUUCUCGGACCAUUCAGGAAAACACCCCAUAUGCAGAUGAAGGUGACGAGGUGGUGGAAAGGGUCUUAGGAUGGCUUAUGAAGCUCUUUCCUGGAGGUCCAUCAAGAAGAAGACCCAACAAGCUUCUUUGACGCAUGAAUCGGGAUCCCUUGUCAAUGAAAGGUUUAUUCUUAGACCUGCAUUUUUUCGACACCCAUCCAUCCCUUGUCUUAAAUGAUAUAACGGCAACUGCAAUUUGUAUAUCGAGUCAAAUCAUAUAAUUCAUUCUUUUUUUUGGUAGAAGGAAAUUGAGAUUGUUUCGAGUUGCGAUCCUAAAGGUAGGUUUGUCAUUCUUUUGGGCAUUAUAUCCUUGCUGCUGUAAUUGGUUCGUCUUUUUUGGACAUUUGUUGCGUGCGGCGAAAGAUAGUUGUGUUGAGAACUGAUGCAGUUUAAAGAUGCUCCUUAAAUAUGACUUGUUUUUGCA